UGGGAGUUGAGCACGUAGGAAAGCUUGACAUGUCGAGAGGAGACGCGGCUGCUGCCGAUCGUGUGUCCCGUUAACGCCUUUAGUUUGGAUCCGGAGGACAAUCACACGAUAGAAGCACGAUGAUGUGUGCAGCUGGAAUCAUCAUCACACUUGCUCCUGUCUUCAUCUUUAUGGCGUCCUGUGGAGCUGUUGGACCUCCGUGGGUGAGUGGUGUGGUAGAGGAGAAGCAGACGGCGCAGCUUGGUCGUAACGUCCGUCUGCAAUGCCCCGUCAAAGGCAACCCUUCGCCGCUGCUUCUCUGGAUCAAAGACGGACGUAACGUGAACGCCGGCUGGACUCGAUACCGCGUCCUGCCCCACGGUCUUAAGAUCAAGAACGUGGAAGCCAAAGACGCGGGAGUGUACGUGUGCCAAGCAGCCAACGGCUUCGGGAGCGUGUCACUCAACUUCACCCUCACCGUGAUGGACAAUGCCGAGCCUCUGACCGAACCUCCUCCGAUCUCAGAGGAACCCUGCCUCAAUGCAGCACUGCUGGAUCAAGCCGGUCAACCAUGUGUAAAACCACGCUUCAGUCAGCCCAUGAAGAUGCGCAGGCGUUUUCGGGAGCAGCCCGUAGGCAGCUCGGUGAGGCUAAACUGUGUGGCAACAGGAAACCCUCCGCCAUGCAUCACUUGGUGGAAGGACCAGAAGGAGCUUCCCGCUCCCACCCGGGCCAAACGACCACAGUGGACCCUCACUCUGAAGAACCUGCGGCCGCAGGACAGCGCCCGCUACACCUGCCGUGUCUUCAAUGCCGCCGGGCACAUCAACGCCACCUACACGGUGGAGGUUAUCGAGCGUACAAACUCCAAGCCUAAGCUGACUGGAACCCACCCUCUGAACACCACGGUGGAGCUCGGAGGCACGGCCUUGUUCCAGUGUAAAGUCCACAGUGACGUGAGACCUGUGAUCCAGUGGCUGAAGCAGCUCGAGCCUGGUACAGAGCAGCGCUACAACGCCACACUUGAGAUCAGAGGUCAACACUUUAUGGUCUUGCCCACCAAAGAUACGUGGCCUCGUCCUGACGGCUCAUACCUCAACAAACUGGCCAUCGUCAAAGCCAGAGAUGAGGACGCAGGCAUGUACAUCUGCCUCGGAGCAAACUCUAUGGGCUACAACCUUCGCACUGCCUACCUCACUGUUCUCUCAGACCCCCAGACGGAGAAGCCGGUCUCCCCGGCCCACCUGAGUUCUGGUCUUCCAUGGCCUCUGAUCAUUGGCAUCCCCGCAGCAGCUCUGCUCAUGGUUGGUACAGUCGUGUUGUGGUUGUGCCAUAGUCGCCUCCGUCACGGCCCCCUACCCCCUCGCUCUGCACCCUACCGAGAGCGCCACUGCAUCGAUAAAGAUCCAAACAUCCCCAGCAAUGGCAGCACCCCUGACUUCCCAACCCACAGACUUAUGGGAAUCGGAUCCCCGGGCUUUGCUGGGCCUACAAAGACUUACUCCAAGGUUUACACAGACAUGCACACUCACACCCAUACCCACACACACUCACAUGCUUAUGUGGAGGGGAAAGUGCACCAGCAUUUCCACUACCAGCGCUAACAGGCUAAGCUCUGCCUCAAAUGUUAAGCUAACAAAGCUAAUGCUGCUAGCCUGCUUCACAUGGACAGUGGGUCUUCUGUUUUGGACUGUCAGGAAGCUGGAUCUGAACUGCGUUACCCUCAAGCACCUCAUGUUACCCUCAUGUUCUGGUGUAGUGCAUUCACCUUGAAAAUUCUCAGGGCAGGAAGAAGCUUGGUUAAAGUUCCCAUGUAGAACCCUGAAACAGUGUGUUACUCUAUCUGAACGGUUGUGUUUUCCAAAGAGAAGGAAUCGUGAAAGAACCCCUGAGGAACCAUUGUAUAAACUGGGUUCUUGGAUGGGUUCAGUGAGUAAGGAAAGUUCUCAAGUUCCCCAUUUAGCAGACACCCUUAUAACAUUUUAUUUUAUAUUAAAAAAAAGAGCAAUUCAGGGUAAAGGGCCUUGCUCAGGGGCCCAUCUGUGGCACCAUAGUGGACCUGGGAUUCCAAUCUCACAAGCUUACGAUCUGGAGUCCGACACCUUAACCACUAGCCUGCCACAUCCCUUAAAACCAUAUCUGAUUAGCCAGUUACAACUAAGUACCAAGUCUCUUAUGCCCCGUUUCCACCGAGGCAGUUCGAGUGCUGGUUCGGAGCCUAAUUUAGAACCAGUUCUUUCUUUUUCGACAGCCAAAGCACCGGCUCUGAACCAGGAAAAGUGGUUCUUAAGUAG